AAAAAUUGAUUGAUAAAUUCAACCUGCGAGUGUUCCUAGGGCCGGCUUUGUAAUUUGCUGUCUGCAAUUGAUUCCCUCAUCGAAUCCAUAUUCUCGUCUCAUUCAUACAAAAAUACAUACAGAUAGAUACAUAUUCUCCUCUCAAAUAAACACACACAUUCACACACAAAGACAAACAUGCCGUUCCCAUGGACAAACACAAAUCACUGAGCCCGAUCAUCUUCUUCUUCUUCUUCAUCCUCUCAAUCAUGACCAUCACCGUUACAUCCGAUGCAUGCGGCCCGAAAAACCCGGGCCCGAUCGUCCCCACAACUCCGCUCGUCAAAUUUCUUGUAACCCUCCAAGAAACCGCAUUUCGGGCUUUCGGGCCGAAGGACUUCGACCCGAAGCUCUACGUAGACCUCUCGCUCAAGCGAAACCUCUCGAUCACGGUCGAGGCCUUCGAAAAGCUACCGAAAAAUGAGUCCGGUUCAGUUCCGGCUAAGGAACUGAACCGGUUCAUGGAGGAGUAUCUGGCCGCGGCCGAGGAGGAUUUGGUGGUUGUCAGCCCGGUUGACUACGUGGCGGAGCCCGAAGUCUUCUUGCCGAAGGUGGAGAGCCCGGAGGUGCGGGCUUGGGCCUUGGAAGUGCAUAGUCUUUGGAAGAAUUUGUGUAGGAAGGUUUCGGGCCGGGUUCUUGAGAAGCCCGAGUUUCAUACUUUGCUGCCUUUGGAGAACCCGGUUAUCAUACCCGGUUCCCGGUUCAGGGAGGUUUAUUAUUGGGAUUCAUAUUGGAUCAUAAGGGGUUUGUUAGCUAGUAAAAUGUAUGAGACGGCUAAAGGGAUGGUCUAUAAUCUCAUCUCACUCGUGCAUGAAUUCGGUUAUCCUCUCAACGGUGCACGGGCCUAUUACACUAACCGGAGCCAACCUCCUCUUCUGAGCUCAAUGGUCGUACAAAUAUACAAUACAACUAAUGAUGAGACUUUACUCACAAAAUCUCUUCCUGCAUUGCUCAAGGAGCACCACUUUUGGAACUCGGGGGUUCAUAAGGUGUCGAUUCAAGAUUCUCAAGGCUUGAAUCACAGUUUAAGUCGAUACUAUGCAAGAUGGAAUCAGCCAAGACCAGAGUCCUUCAUUAUUGACACAGAAACAGCUUCUAAACUGCCAAGCAAAUGUGCUAAAGAAAAACUAUAUAGGGAAAUGGCUUCUGCUGCAGAAUCUGGAAUGGAUUUCAGCACUAGGUGGAUGAGGGAUGAAUCUGAUCUCACAACACUAGCAACCACCUCAAUUUUACCUGUGGACUUGAAUGCUUUUAUUCUCAAGAUGGAAAUUGAUAUAAGCAUAUUGGCAAAUGCAAUUGGAGAUUCUGUGACAGCAGAGCGUUUCAAAGAUGCUUCUCAUGCUCGAAAAAAGGCCAUCGAUUCUAUCCUUUGGAAUGCGGAGAAGCACCAAUGGCUCGAUUACUGGUUAACCGAUCCUGACUCAUCCGAGAUCCACAAAUGGAACGCUUCGAACCAGAAUAAGAAACUAUAUGCAUCCAACUUCGCUCCCCUGUGGAUCGAGCCUUUUAGUUCAGAUGUUAAGUUGGUGGAUGAAGUAGUCUCAAGUCUUGAAAACAGUGGUCUGAUUUGUGCUGCUGGAAUUGCAACUUCUCUGAUAGAAUCAGGGCAACAAUGGGAUUUUCCAAAUGGUUGGGCACCUACUCAGCACAUGAUUGCUGAAGGACUUUUGAAUUCUGGGACUGAAAGGGCUACACAGAUUGCUCGAGACAUCGCCAUCAAGUGGACCAAGACCAACUAUGUCGCUUUUAAGGAGACGGGAGCAAUGCACGAAAAAUACGAUGUACGAGAAUGUGGAUCCACCGGAGGCGGCGGUGAAUAUAAGCCCCAAACAGGAUUUGGCUGGUCGAACGGUGUCGUAUUGGCGUUCUUGGAGACAUUUGGAUGGCCACAAGACCUAAAACUUGACUGCACUUAAACAGAGAGAGCAUUGACAUUUCUAUUUGACUAUGUAGAGACUUUCUGUAUUAAAAUAAUGAUAUUUCAUGAUAAACGUGGAUUAUGGAAAUAUAAAUUGUCCAAUUCAGUUUAUAA